AUGUUUCGUAUUCGGUAUUUGUCAAUAAAGCGUCAUCAGUCUCGAUCGGUUUGCCGGGAGGUAAUAAUUUUAUUAUUUAAUAAACAACGAUUUUCUGCGGUUCAGGGUGUAACAAUCGUCUGACGACGCUCUUCCCAUUCAAUAGAAAUACUUCUAUGCAGCAAUCAUUUUCAAACAUAUUUUAUUACGUUUACAGAAGCUGAUAACAUAUAUACCUUCGUUGAUUUUUAUUGUAAGUCAUAAUGUUUACCAUUCACGACGGUGAAAUUGUAUGUAAAGAGAAAUAUGGAUCGUCUACUAGACAGCGGUUAUACGUUAGACCUCCAGAACAAGCUAAUAUGGUAGUUUUGGAUGAAUCAAAGGCUGAUGAAUAUACCUUAUUCAAAAGAAUAUUCUUACCUCAUGGUUAUCCUGAUAGUGUGAGCAGUGACUAUAUUACCUACCAAAUCUGGGACACAGCACAAGCAUUUUGUAGCACUAUAACUGGUAUACUUGCAACGCAGGAGGUUCUGCGUGGUGUAGGUGUUGGUGAUACUACUGCCACUCCACUGGCUGCUACUGUGACUUGGGUCCUUAAAGAUGGUUGUGGACACAUUGGAAAGAUUAUAUUUGCAUACAGCCAUGGAGUUUACCUGGAUGCAUACAGUAAAAAGUGGAGGUUGUAUGCAGACACUUUGAAUGAUGCUGCAAUGUGCAUAGAGUUAGCCCUUCCAGUUUUUAAAAACUACACCACAAUUGUAUUAUGUGUCAGCACAAUGAUGAAAGCUAUUGUUGGAGUUGCAGGGGGCGCUACUAGGUCAGCCAUGACACAGCAUCACGCAAUAAGAGGAAACCUGGCCGAUGUCUCAGCAAAAGAUUCGGCACAAGAGACAGCUGUCAAUCUUAUUGCUUCCAUUGCUGCACUAUUGAUUAUCUCCGUUUUUGGGAAUUCCCUCGCAAUAUUUAUUACAAUGAUAAUGCUUCAUAUAACAUUUAAUUAUUUAGCUGUGAGAGCUGUCUGUUUGAGAACAUUUAAUGAACCAAGAUUUCUACAAAUUAUCGAAACAUAUUUAAAAGACGAAGUUAUAGCUAACCCGUGUCGCGUUAACCAAAACGAACCGAUAAUAUUGUAUCACUUGGGACCGAUUGUUUUAGAUAAAAAGUUAUGUGGAUUCUCUAUAAAAAUGGGACACUCGAUAAAAAAAAUUAUAAAGAGACAUCCGAGGGCGCAGUAUAUCAAAACCGUGCAAGACAUUUACAGAAUGAAGAAAUACAUUUUACUGCCGUAUAUGCAGUCGCGUAAGAUUUACGUGAUUCUGCGCGACUCUGCGACUAUUAACGACGUGCUCUGUGCUUAUUUUCACGCCGUGCUGUUCGGCAUAUCAAUCUGCGCCAUCAAUGACUAUUCCCUGCCAAUUUACAGAAACAGUGAAUCUUCAGAAAGACCAUUUUCACAAAUUUGUCGCACUUUGCACCACGCCGCGUGGACCAAGGAGCCCAUGCAGCAAGCAGUUGGCAAAUUCACUCAUGAACCUACUUCAGAUCUCAUGAUGUUUUUGAACGAUAUCGUAGAAAAGGAAUGGGUAGUUUUGUCUGAAGGGUUGAAACAAACAGGUUGGGAUCUCACAAAACAUCUACUCGUGAUUGAUGAAUGGCGUAUAUGUACGUCCACCAUUGUGGCUAAACUAAUAUCUGAAGAUACUGUUGCUGCACCUCGCAUCAGUUCUAAAUUGAUAACUUUUCUUGAUCUUCGUGGUAAGGCUUUGUCUGACAGUUCUCAAGACAAAGCUUACACGAUUGAGCCCGAAAAGCAAGCUACAACGGAACCGAUAAAUUCCAGUACCGAAGGCGAAGAUAGUUCAGGAUACGUACCGAUUGAACCGACAAACACGUCAGCAAUCCCCGAGCAUAAAUCUACAGAUAAAACCAAUAAACCUGAAAUACAAGACGAUUCGACGGAUUAACUUUAGACAACAUUUUGAAUGUGUAUACAUAGGAAAAUUAAAACAUGUGUUAUACCAAAUCUAACUUUAUGUACAAUUCUGUGGUGUGUUGUCUUAAAACAUUGUCGUGUGCUGUAUGUGUCUAUCAAUUAUAUCAUAUUAAUCAUUUUCGUCCAUGCUAAAGUGUAAAAAAAUAUUUAUUUAUUUUGAGAAGAUUUACCUAAAUGUAAGAAAGUAAUUACUGUCCCUAACUGCUGGAUCAUUUAACUUUUAAAUAACAGAUAUUACUAUACAAAAAAACUUGUUCUCUGAAGUAUACAAAAUGGUUUAUUACUGUAACUUGUGCAAUUAAUUUACAUUCCUAAGGCAUUAGUAUAUUGCCGUAACCUAAUCAGACUAAAGACUGAUUUAUACGUUAAAUAAGUGAAUGUGUAUAAAUAAAAAUCUUUAUUGUAUACUUAGUUACUUUAUUACUAAGAAAAAAAACCUUGUCCCAUACAAAAAAAAUCUUCAGUUUUCUCUGAGUUCCCUCAAUCUGUCAAAAUAGAACAUAAUUAUGUUAUUUAUGUGGUAUAGAUUAAAAAAAAGUCCAUGUACUUACUGUAACUGGGUCAAUGUGUUAUCGGUAUAAUUUAUUGCAAGGCAAAAAUAUAUCGACUACUAAUGGAAGAAUAAAACAUAAUAGUUUUGUUAACCUAGAUCGUUAUAAAAACGACUUCGACUGUAAAACACGGUAUAGUUGACAAGACUUAAAUCUUAACAGGUAAAUGCCCUUUUUUUUAUGGAGUUCAUAGUAUCGUUUAUCAAGUUUAUGUUUAAGGUUAAUUUUGGUAACUAUAAAAUUAUGUAAAUCAAUUCGUUAUUUUACGUGACGACGCUUCAUCAUAAAGUUAAAACAUUAAAAUUUUAUGAGGAUAAAUUGGUAUAUACAGAUAGGGAUUACCAGGAAAGCGUGAAGGAAAAGAAAAUUUGGAAAAAUUAAAACUCAAGUAUAUUACUACACCAUACCACUUUAUUUUAGUAUUGUCAAAUAUUGGAUCGUUUCGUAUUGGUAAAA